AUGCCGGCCCAGGGGCAGAGACAAGCAGCCAGUACGCCAGGAGAACGAGAACGGAAGACGAAACCCGCGCCAUUAGCGGUGAGGCCAAGCUCCAGUAUUCUUCUCCUGUCGCCAACCAACCAAGUCCUGCUCCUACACAGAGUGCACAGUUCCACCUCUUUCGCCUCAGCCCAUGUCUUUCCAGGCGGCAACUUGUCGUCAUUCCAUGAUGGCCCGCUCUUGCCCGCAGAUAGUCCGGAUCUGCAUAAUGAUAGUCCAUCGUACCGGCUAGCUGCCGUCCGUGAGACGUUCGAGGAGAGUGGCGUCUUGCUCGUGAGGAAGCCGGGGCAGAGCCAGGAUGAGGGGCUGCUUCAUGUCCCAGAGGAUGUCAGAGAGGCGGGCAGGAAGCAGAUCCAUGGGAACCAAGUCAAGUUUACAGAAUGGGUAAAGCAGUUGGGAGGCGAGCCCGACGUUGAGAACCUCAUUCCCUUCACGCGCUGGAUCACGCCGCACGGCCCGCCGAAACGCUUCACCACUCAAAUGUAUCUCUACAUGCUUCCACUAUCCUCGGAAUCCCUUCCCGCCACCGAUCCUCUCCUCCAGAACCAGAAGCAGGAGACCAUCAUCCCUGCACCGAGCCACGACGGCGGGCUGGAACACACAGCAGCAACCUUCGACGACGCACGCGCCUGGCUGGAGAAGGCGCGACGGGGCGAAAUCAUCCUCUUCCCACCCCAAUUCUACCUCCUGCACCUCGUCUCGCAAUUCCUACACCCCUUACCACCAACCGCUCCGUCGUCCGGAUCAGCAACCCUAGAGUACCGCCAAGCACAGCGCUCCGCUCUCCUGUCCUUCCUCUCGAAAGUGCCCACUUCGCAGCACGCCGACAAGCAAGGGACGUGUGAUAUUCCGUGGUCGGAAAAGGUCAUCAGCCCCGCGGCACUAUUUGUGCGGCAGCGAGACGGCAGGGUUGUGCUCGGGCUGGACAAGCCCGGGCCGGAGUUGCGAGGGAGCCGGAGGGGAGGGGAUUGGGAUCGAGUGGUUCUGGUGCGGUUUGAGAAGGGCGGGCCGAGGGAUGUGGAGGUGCGGUGGAGGGACGAGGUGGUUAAGGAGGAACGGGAGGACGGGUCGAGGUUGUAA